CGGGGGGGAGGGGUGGGGGGCGGCCGUCAUGGCGGUGCCGUUGCUGCGCCGGGACAAGCGGAGUGUGGCUGCUUCGCUGAAGGUUGAGUGCUCUCGGUCGGACGGCAGAGGCACGCAGUUGCUCGGUGAGCUACUGGACAGUGUGCUGAGCCCUAAGAGGCCGGUGGCCGAGGCCGAAGUGAUCGAGUGGUGCAAGUGCCUGAUGGCCGGCGGCGAGAGCUUCGAUGACUUCUGUAAAAUGGUGCGCGCCUAUGACAACGCCACUCUGUGCGGUUUGGUGUGGACGGCCAACUUCGUGGCUUACCGGUGUAGGACGUGCGGGAUCUCGCCGUGCAUGUCCUUGUGCGCCGAGUGUUUCAACGCCGGGGAGCACACGGGCCACGAUUUCAACAUGUUUCGGAGUCAAGCGGGCGGGGCCUGCGACUGCGGGGACAGCAGCGUGAUGCGGGACAGCGGUUUUUGUAAAAGGCACCGGUCCACAUCAAGUUCCAGUAUUCCUUCUGUUCCUAAUGAGCUGAUGAUGAUGUCAGAACACAUACUUCCUCGAGUUAUUCUUCGUCUUGUGCAGCAUUUACGGGAUGGCUAUAGUGAAUCAGUUUCUGAUUCAGCAACUGAGAGAGAUCUCCAGAAAACACUCCAACAGAUGGAACCUCUAAUUUCUCUUUUAGAAGAUCUGACAAAAAUGGGAGGGGCUAUGCGAUCCAUCCUGACAAGAGUUCUGGGUAAUCACCAGAUAUACAAAGAUAUCAGCUCUGGUGACAUUUGCACUGGAGAAAAGACAUAUGCAAAGAAAAAUUAUGACAAGUAUCUUGCAGCAUUAAAAGGUUCAGGACUAGUUUCAUCAGAGGAACGGUCUGUGACAUCUGUACUGGAUCAAAUGGCAGGAGCAAGUAAUGUAACUAUUUUGGGUGCUACAACAGGAGCAGGGCAGCUGGAUUCUUCUGAUGAGGAGGAACCAGAUGGCAGUCAAGGAGUUGGCAAACGGAAGAGGGUAAAACUCUGCAACAGCACCAAAGAUCCAUCCAUCAUGGAUAUAUUAAAGCAUAAAUGCUUUCUAGAAGAAAUAUUAUUUUGGACUGUCAAAUAUGAGUUUCCACAAAAAAUGGUAACCUUUCUACUAAAUAUGUUGCCUGAUCAGGACUACAAGAUAGCUUUUACUAAAACAUUUGUUCAGCAUUACGCCUUCAUCAUGAAAACUCUGAUUAAGAGUCAUGAGUCAGAAACAAUGUCCAAUAGGAUUGUUCAUAUUAGCGUGCAGUUAUUUAGCAAUGAAGAAUUGGCACGUCAAGUCACUGAAGAGUGCCAGCUACUAGAAAUAAUGGUCACUGUUUUACUUUACAUGAUGGAAAAUUGCCUUGUCAAAAGCGAGUUACAAGAUGAAGAGAACAAUUUUCAUGUUGUUGUAAACUGUGGUGAGCCACUCCUAAAGAACAACACCUAUUGGCCUUUAGUUAGUGAUUUUAUUAAUAUCCUUUCACACCAAAGUGUAGCAAAACGUUUUUUGGAAGAUCAGGGUCUUCUUCAGAUGUGGAUGAAUUUUGUUUCUUUCUUUCAAGGCAUGAAUUUAAACAAACGAGAACUAAAUGAGCAUGUUGAAUUUGAGUCACAAACAUACUACGCUGCCUUUGCAGCAGAAUUAGAAGCCUGUGCACAACCGAUGUGGGGACUUCUAACCCAUUGUAAAAUUAAGGAGAUGGAAGAAUACACCAGAACAGUGGUCCGGUACUGCCUAGAUGCAUUGCAGGAUUGGUUUGAUGCCAUCAAUUUUGUUGAUGAGCCUGCUCCUAAUCAGGUUACGUUUCACUUGCCUCUUCAUCGUUACUAUGCCAUGUUUUUAAGCAAGGCUGUCAGAUGCCAACAACUGGAUCUUGAUUCACUUUUACCAGAUCAAGAGAUGUUGAUGAAAAUGAUGGUUCAUCCACUUCAAAUUCAGGCUAGUCUAUCAGAAAUACACAGCAAUAUGUGGGUUAGAAAUGGUCUUCAGAUUAAAGGACAGGCUAUGACUUACGUGCAGUCCCACUUCUGCAAUUCUAUGAUUGAUCCAGAUAUCUUUCUUCUGCAGGUUUGUGCUUCCAGACUUGAUCCAGAUUAUUUUGUUUCAUCUGUUUUUGAAAGAUUUAAAGUGGUGGAUCUGUUGACAAUGGCAUCACAGCAUCAAAAUGGAGCGCUUGAUCCAGAACAUGAAAGAUCAAUGCUUGAGGGUGCCUUAACUUUCCUAGUCCUUUUACUCAGUCUUCGUAUACACUUGGGGAUGACAGAUGAUGAGAUCCUGCGGGCAGAAAUGGUGGCACAACUCUGCAUGAGUGACAGAACACAUAGUACAUUAUUAGACUUAAUUCCUGAAAAUCCCAACCCAAAGAGUGGUAUUAUCCCAGGUAGCUACUAUUUUGAAAACAUGCUUUCAGCUGUAGCUGAUUUUAAAGCACCAGCAUUUGAACCCGGAGGUUCCAUGCAGCAAGGAAUGUACACGCCUAAAGCUGAUGUCUGGGAUCUUGAGUUUGACCCAAUAAUGGUGAUUCUAAGGACAGUAUAUCGCAGGGAUGUUCAGUCUGCGAUGGACAGAUACAUGGGAUUCUUAAAGCAGACUGGAAAAUUUAAUGGUAAUCCGUGGCCACCAUAUCGGGAGAGAGCACUUUUAAAUCCCAGCUACAAAGGCUUAACACGAAUAUUGCACUGUAAAACUUUGCACAUUGUGCUGUUUACUCUUCUCUAUAAGAUAACAAUGGAUCACCAGAACAUGUCUGAACAUAUACUGUGUAUGGUAUUAAACUUGAUUGAGCUGGGUCUUGACAAUUUACCAGAAGAAACAGUUGAGGAUGAGGAAAUGUUUGGUGAAGAGCGAUGUUCUGACAGUUGGUUCCAUGGAACCAGCAUAGCAACAAAUCUACAUCAUGUCAUUAACCACGUGCGAGUCAGGGUUCCGGAGACUGCACCUGAAGUGACCCGGGAACCACCUGCCAGCACAAGUUCAGGUGUCACUUGUGUACAGGGGUCAAGAAGGGCCACUGCUCUCAACAGAGAGACUUCAAAUACAGCUCAGGUCUUCAGCUUAGUUGCAGAACGUAGACGAAAAUUUCAGGAAAUCAUAAAUCGCAACAACAGCAGCACUAUUCACAAUGCAGAUGUUAGACCAAAGACAUCAAAGUGGACUGCACCUAAUUCAACUCCACAAUUCACCACAACCAUUUUGGAAGUUAGAGAAAGUAUGCUUUCUCUCCUAAUUAAACUGCAUCAUAAACUCUCAGGAAAACAAAACUCAUACUAUCCAUGCUGGUUAGAAGAUUCAGAAUCAACAUCGAGAUUGGACCCAAUGCAGCAGAUCCAUGGUGAUGGGACAACAGCAGUUGAAAGAAUUUUAAUAAAGACUGCAGCACGGAGUCGGCAAAACAAGUUCAGGAUUGAGGAAAUUUAUAGGAAGGUAGCACCUCCUACACCUCCAAAGAAGAGUAUUUCGGAUAAGAAAGCUCUAGAUAAAGAAGAAAGACGGCAGAAAGCCCGCGAGAGACAACAGAAAUUACUUGCUGAAUUUGCUUCAAGACAGAAAAGCUUCAUGGAAACAGCAAUGGAUCUUGAGUCACCUGACAGUGAUGUUGCCAUGGACAUAGGAUCAUCAGAAAAACAGGAUUCAGAAACUGUGUAUGACUGUGUAAUUUGUGGACAGAGUGGCCCUUCGACAGAGGAAAGACCAACUGGAUUAGUGGUUCUAUUGCAGGCUUCAUCAGUCCUUGGGCACCGUCGUAGAAGCGCUGAACCAAAGAAACUACCAACCAGUGAUGAAGAGCAGAUUUACCCUGAAGAUACCUGUGGGACUGUACAUGAUGUCAGAAUAACAGAUUUGCAACGAUGCUUCAAAGAUAGUUCUUGUUUACAGUCGGUUUCCAUUGGUUGGGAAGGUGGAGUGUAUGUUCAGACCUGUGGACAUACUUUACAUAUUGACUGUCAUAAGUCCUAUAUGGAGUCGCUGAGGAAUGACCAGGUGCUUCAGAAUUUCUCAGUGGAUAAAGGAGAGUUUACUUGUCCACUCUGCAGACAGUUUGCCAACAGUGUUCUUCCUUGUUACCCUGAAAAGAAUGAGGAAAAGAGCGCCUGGUUACCAUACAACAAUAAGACACUGCAUGUUCUGAUCAGAGAAGUGGAGGAACAGCAGGAACAAUUGGGAAUGUUUCCAUCAGCAACAAACUUGAGCAAAGAGAUGGAGUCGGUGAUGAAGGACAUAAGGAGCACAACCCAAAAGAAAUACAUAGAUUAUGGGAAGAUUCCUGGUUCACCAGACAAUGACUUUCUCUUCAUGUAUUCAGUUGCUAGGUUGAAUUUGGAGUUGGAAUUGGUUCAUCGAGGAGGAAACUUGUGUUUAGGUGGAGCAAGUGCCACUACAAAAAGAUCCUGUUUAAACCAGCUGCUGCAUGUGCUUGCUAUGCAUAUGCGUCUUUUUAGAAUCGACUCUGCAUACAAUCCUUGGACACGACUUACACAGUUGACGCAAGUUAUUGAUUCAGGAAUUUGUGAUGAUGAGAAGCCAGAUGUGCCAUUAUUAUACCGAGAUGUUCCCUCUCUCCUAAUGAUCCUUGUUUUAACUAUGCCACAAGAAUUUCACAAAGAACAUUUUACCUGUAUUGUGAAAGUUUUAUACAAUUUAUUAUAUGUGCAAGCUAUUGCAACGCUCUCAUUUCAAUUUAAUGAAGAAGAAAGAGAAGCAUGGAAGAAUUCUGGAAAACUGCAGACCAUGGGUAAUUCAGAAAAAAACAAUGAAGUAUUACUCAGCCACAUAAUCACUGAACUGUCGAAAGGAAAGCUUUACUGUGCAAGUAAUACCGAUCAAUCAUCAAUGUUUACCACCGCUAUUUGUUCACCCCAGUCCCUAGAAUACAGUAUCCAGCGGUUCUGUCUACCUUUCUUCAGGAACGCAAGCCUUCUUCAACACCAUCUGUUCAGUGAUGAUCUUCCCAGUUGUCAGCAAACAGAAGAAGAAUUUGGGAUGCUUGCCAGAUAUCUUGGGUUACUGCCAUCUUCUCUUCAUCUGACUGAUGAGGUCAAUAGUUCUUCCUGCCUCGAAUGGCCAGUAGCAGCUCCAGAUAUUAUUUCUCAGUGGUGCUUAGAAGUAACAACUUCUGCAGAGAGUCACUCAGGACAUGUAAUGAAUCUACUUGUUCAGGAUCCACAGUGGUCAUUACCACGUCUUCUUCAGCUACCUGACAAUUACAAUACCAUCUUUCAAUACUAUCAUCGUAAAGCCUGCGUUCACUGUUCAAAAGUUCCAAAGGAUCCAGCACUUUGUCUAGUGUGUGGUACCUUUGUAUGCCUCAAAGGUCAAUGCUGUAAACAGCAAAGCUAUUGCGAAUGCGUACUGCACUCCCAGAACUGUGGAGCAGGAACAGGAAUAUUCCUUCUGAUUAAUGCCUCUGUAAUUAUCGUCAUUCGUGGGCACAGAUUUUGUGUGUGGGGAUCUGUCUACCUUGAUACGCACGGUGAAGAGGACAGAGAUUUGAGGCGUGGUAAGCCUCUGUACCUAUGCAGUGAGCGAUAUAAAGUCUUGGAACAACAGUGGGUGACACACACCUUUGAUCACAUCAAUAAAAGAUGGGGCCCCCAUUAUAAUGGAUUAUAGUUGACUUGUGAAUCCUUCUUCAAAGAAAGUCAUCAAGCAGCUUUGCUUCAUCUGAAUGUUAUGGAGUUUAUUUUAAAAGUAGCCAUAUUGUUAAAAGCAAUCCAUAAAAAACAUUAUUCUGCAUUUACAAUUGUGCUAUUUAUAUCACAUCUAUGGCACUGUGUGAAACAAAAUCCCAGCAACCGUAUCAGACUCACUCUAGAAAUGGGCUAAACUAUCUUCUAUAAAAUAAAGAGCUUAUUAUUUAUUUGUCAUAUUGAAGCAAUUGUAGCAAUCCACGUAAGUAUAAAGAAGCACAGUUUUAAUUCAGAUAUGUCCCUUACCAAAAUGAGUGUAAUGUGUAUACCAUAAGGCCAAGACCAAUGCAGCAUGUUUGAAGUGUUGUUAGUUGAUCUCAUUUCUUCAUAAGAGGAUGCACCCUGAGAGAGGAAAAUUGGUCGCAUACAUGUUAUUGUAGUACCCAGAAGUUUGCUACAUUUGUUGUGGUAUUUUUCCGAUAAGUCCGCUGAGUUUUUCUACAUUUUUCAGAGGUUUUGAUUUAUAAUUCUCAUCAUAACAUUUAAGUUCUUUGUAACGUGCCCACUUUAUUUUUAAAAAAUGUAUAGAAACUUUGAAUUAAAAGAAAACUAGGCAGUAAAAUCAGAAGUCUCUGAAAAUUUUGUCAACUGUUCAAAACCAUUUUUUGGGAACUGAGUGCUAAGACUGGAACAAUUUUAUUGCUUGGUUGUGUUUAUUUAGUGCACUAGCUUCUUGCUUUUUAAGCUUAUAAGCCCUUUACUGGAUUGGUGUGUUGAUCAUAUUUGGUCACCAGUAUUCUCUUCAAAGGUAGCACAACAUGUAAUAUUACAGCAUGAUUGGAUCUGAAGUACACAGGCCAUUCUCACAGUAAAUUACUGUUUCAGAUGCACAACUGUCAACCCUAAGCUUAUCUGUGUUGCAAUUGUGAAACGUAACUGCACCUUACUAAAUGAAAAAGUAAUCUAGUUGAUUGUGGCAAAUGUAUUCAAAUUGAAAAGUAAACCUGAGAUUCAAACUUCAACUGCCAUAUUUUGUAGACACUUCUGGAAUUGUCUUUUCAUUACAUAAAAAAGUGAUUUUAAAAUUUGGAAAUUUAAGGAUAUACAUGCUUUAUUUUGUGCCUUUUCCUUAUUUUUAAAACAUUAAUUCAAAAGCUGAAAAGUGCUCUCAUAGCUUUCUGAGAUCUUAAUCUGGACUAUUUUAACUGUCUAGUUAAAACCGUACAAAAUAAGUCAUUGUUAUUUUUAUGUUUAGGGAAACCUUGUUUCUUUCACAUUCAUAUCUAUUAAUAAGGUAUACAGACUUGAUAAACUGUUAUAACAGAAAAUUGCACCACCAGGAUAACAUUAAAGUUACAUAUUCAGGGAAGUAGUUAAUUAAGUGCUGCAUUUCAUAAAUAUCAAAUUGUUACAAGACUGUUCAUUUAUCAUUAUGGAUUGACUUGUUUACAAGGAUUCAUUUUUAUAAAACAAUUGCAGCGACUGAAAAUUAAUGUAUAGUAGCAAAUUUGUUAUUUGCCUCAGUCACAAAAUUGUUCACAGCUAGUACAUUCAGAUCCUGUUAGAAAACAUAAUUUAGUGACAUAUACCACCUUCUGAUAUUAUGCAAAAAUGACUGACAGAUCUGAGAAUGUCUUAAGUCAAAUACACCAAUUUCCUCUUUAUUAAAAGAAGGAUCAGUAAGAGUGCAAUCUUUAACUAAUAAACAGCAUCACAGGAUGAAGCAAUGAUGCUCCAGCAUGUGAUUAUAAAUCAGACAUUGGGAAGUACAGGUGUAAUGAUUGUACCUGUGAAGGCUAUGGGUAUGAAUUUCCAAAGUUACUUAAAUACGGAGUAUUCUUUAUUGUUCUAACUCUCACAGGUGGUAAUGGGCUUCCCUUUACUUUUUACUCAUGUACUAGUGGAGGUUGUGUGCCAGAUGUGCAGUUGAUUUAAAAUGUACUUGAGUUCAUGCAUGCUGCUGAAUUAGGCUUUAUUUUACUUUUCUGGUUUUGUAAGACCCACUUUACAAUUUACCAUUUUAAUGCAAAAGAGUGUGUAAUUUGCAAAUAGAAGUUGAGUAUUCACUAGUAGAGUGUUACCUUGUAUGAAUUAAUGUUAAAUACAGUACAUUACUGUAAAUGCUGAACAUUUUCUGGCACAUCGAAAAGUAAAUCUUAAGACUUAAUUAAAAUGACUGUAAAAUAUGUUAAUAAAAUUAUGUAAUUCAUAUUUGUCUUCUCUAAAAGCAAGGUCUUCAAUACAGCUCCAAAGCUGGUUCCUUUACUUGGUCUGAUCUGGUACAGGUUUUUCUGGUAAACUCUCCAAAAUGAAUCCUGGAGAACUGCACAGUUUUCCAUUCAAAGAGGAGUUCUAGCAUCAGAGUUAAGUCUGCCGGGUUCAUUUAGCCCCUCUUGUAACUGAUUUAACACUAGAGUAAUACACACAAAAUGCCAGAGGAACUCAGCAGGUCAGACAGCAUCUAUGGAAGGGCCAAGACCCUUCAUCCGGACUAGAAAGGAAGUGGGAAGAAGCCAGAAUAAGAAGGUUGGGGG